AUGAUCAAUGAUAACGUAAAAAUGGAAGAUGCGAAUGAUAAGGCCCGAUGGAGUGAAAUAAAUAUUGCAAUGUAUGGUUCGACGUUGCGACCGGUAGAGAAGGCAUUGGCAGAUGCCAAGUUGGACAAAGGAGACAUACAGGACGUAGUACUCGUGGGUGGUUCUACAAGGAUCCCGAACAUCCAGAGCCUACUGCAAAACUUCUUUUCAGUCAAUCUGAACAUCAAUCCCGAUGAAGCGGUAGCGUACGGCGCAGCGGUGCAGGCAGCCAUCCUCAGCGGUGAUACGAGCUCUGCA